CGAGCGGAAUUAUACGUUCUCUAUCGAACUUGACGCUGUCGGCCAGCUCGAGGGUGAAAAAAAGCGAAGGGAAAAAGGAAUAUCCGAGGGCCAAGAGAGGCGGAUUUGGAUAAACUUUCCCAACUGUCCCGACCCGAAGAAGGUUCGGGCGGCUGACGGAUUGUCCAUUUCACCGAAAUAAUGGACGAAUCCCAUUUCAACUCGUCCUACUUUUGGUCUCCCGUCCCCACUGUACAAGGACAGAUGGAGAGCGCCAUGUUCCUGAACAAAACCAAGGAGCAGCUCGGCGCCGAGAAGCCCGCCGCACCGGCUUUCCCGCACUCGUCCGCGUCCUCCGCACCGCACUACCCCAUGGCGUUGCUGGCCAUCCCUGGCUCGGGGGAGGCGGGAGCCGGGCUGCGAGUGGUCACUAAACAGGAAGGAGGAAGCUCGGCGGGGGGACCUGGAGGAGGAGCAAGCGCGUCCAUGCACGUGCACCAGUCGCACACUUCGCAGAACGUCACUGUCGUGCCUGUUCCCUCCACGGGAAUCAUGACCGCAGCGGGUCUGGUCAUCACCACCCCCCAAGGCACGCUGGUGCCCACCGCCUCCACGCAGUCUUUCGGAGCUGGGCCUCACUCGGCCACCACCAUGAUCGUGUCCGCAAUGCACCCCUCAAACGCAGAUAAGAAGAACGAUAUGUCCGGCCCCCCCGCCGUCGUCAUGUCCACGCCGGGCAAGCGAGGCAGGAAGAGCAAGCAGGCGAUGGGCAGAACCAGCAACAUCCUUCCGCCAGGAAGUGACGCACUGAUAUUGGCGCACCUGGCCGCCACAGGGCAGCAUCAUUCUGCCGAUCCUUACGACCUCUCCAACGAUGAGGACGACCACUCCAGUAAAGAGGGUCCCAAAUCCUACAGGUGUCGCAUGUGCGCGGUGACAUUCUUCAGCAAGUCGGACAUGCAGAUACACGCCAAGUCGCACACGGAGGCCAAGCCCCACAAGUGCCCCCACUGCUCCAAGUCGUUUGCCAACUCCAGCUACCUGUCGCAGCACAUCCGCAUCCACAGCGGGGCCAAGCCCUACAGCUGCACCUACUGCCAGAAAGCCUUCCGGCAGCUCAGCCACCUGCAGCAGCACACACGCAACCACACUGAGGCCAAGCCCCACAAGUGCCCUCACUGCUCCAAGUCGUUUGCCAACUCCAGCUACCUGUCGCAGCACAUCCGCAUCCACAGCGGGGCCAAGCCCUACAGCUGCAACUACUGCCAGAAAACCUUCAGGCAGCUCAGCCACCUGCAGCAGCACACACGGAUUCACACGGGUGACCGUCCGUACAAGUGUAACCAUCCGGGCUGCGAGAAAGCUUUCACUCAGCUCUCCAACCUCCAGUCUCACCGUCGGCAGCACAACAAGGACAAGCCGUUCAAGUGCCACAACUGCAACCGCGGUUACACGGAUGCCGCCAGCCUGGAGGUGCACUUGUCCACGCACACGGUCAAACACGCCAAGCUCUUCUCCUGCGGCCUGUGCAACCGCUCCUACACAUCGGAGACGUACCUGAUGAAACACAUGAGGAAGCACAACCCCGACACGCUAACGGCGGGAGAGCAGGCGCGAGGCUCCGGCGGCCGGGGGCGCGGACGCGGCCGGGGGCGAGGUCGAGGAGGUUCGCUCCAAGGCCAGGCCGGCCAGAACCCCAACGCCGGCAGCUACCAACAGCCCGGUGAGGGGGUCAUCCCGUGCCCCUUUGAUCUCCACCAGUACAAGACGGUGGCAGCCGGUGAGAUCCAGUACAAACCAGGCACGGUGGCGGACCACAAGGACCUCUGCCUCACUGUGUCCACGUCCGCCAUCCAGGUGGAGCACAUCAACUCGUAGGAAACAAGAUUUGACAUCCCUGUAUAAAGUCUUGGAAAUGUAGUCUGGAAAAUUCUCCAAGAGGACUUGCUUUUCUACCUGUCUGGCUCUCAAAGGGAUUGAUCAGGUUAAAAGGCGUGCAGUGUUUCCACAACGAGGACGAAGCAGCUUUAAUGCAGAGCCCGGCCCCGAGGUGUCUGUUUUGUUUGCGGGGUGCCUCGCUCUUACCCGGAUUUGAAGUGGCUUCUCAACCCCAGAUGAGGUGAGAGGCUUUUCCUGAAAUGCCGUCUCGAUGCACCGAGUCGCGGCUGAGCCUCGUUUGUCUGGAGGAGCAGCUCGCUCGCCUAUACAGACGCUACCUUAUUUACAGCGACUCCCCAACCUGUUUUUGUGCUAGGGCACACCACCAAGCAAAUGUCACUAGGGUUGCAAAGGGGUGGAAAAUUUCCGGUAAAUUUCCGGAAGGUUUCCGGUAAAUUUCCAUGGGAAGUUAAGCUCGGGAAUUUUGGAAAUAUUCCAAAUUGGAAACUUUCCAUGGGAAUUAUGGGAAUUUAUGGGAAUUUAUGGGAAUUCAUGGGAAUUUAAUGGGAAUUGAGGGUAAUUUAGUGGAAAGGUAUCAUAUCUAAGCAAAAAUAAUUGUUUAGUUAUAAGCAAAAUAAUACAAUUAAAGCAGAUACAAUUAAAACAGAUUUAUUUAUAAGUUGAACAAUCAAACAGAACAAACACAUGAACGUGGAGUUAAAUUUUACUCAAAAAUGAACACAAAUGCAUCCCCCUAAUCCAAAAAUCCAAACAAAGUCCCAUUCAAAAUGUUAAAUAAAUCUCUCCAAAAAAGUCCCAAUCCACAUGCACAUAAAAAAAAGUCAGCUUCCCUAGAGCUUCUCAAGCUUCUCAUUUUCUUGCUAAACCCUUUCAGGCAGUAGGCAUUCGAGGGUCUCAACAUCCUGCAUGUCCACUUCCUCAACAUCGGACUCUAACUCUUCCUCUUCAGAGUCACUGUCCAGCCUUGUGGAGGAUGGCUCUUUGUCAGGCUCAAAGAGCCUCAGGUUAGCCCGAAUAGCAACCAAUUUUUCCACUCUCAGAUUUGUGAGCCUGUUGCGCACCUUUGUGUGUGUGUUCCCAAACAUGGACCAGUUUCGCUCUGAGGCAGCUGAUGAUGGUGGGAUCUGGAGUAUGAUGGAGGCUAUAGGUGCAAGAGCCUCCGAUCCACAAAGUCCAUUCCACCAGGUGGCUGCAGAUAUAUGCUGGCAUGACUGCCAGAUUGCAUCCCCUUCCCAAAGGCCUUGCUUUGUUCUGUACUUUGCCAAACUGCCAAGUACUUUGCCUUUAUCAAGGCCCAGGUGGUCUGACAAGGCUGUAAUAACGGUGUAAGCACUGCUCAUCUCUUCCCCAGAGAGUAAAUCCCUGUCAUAUUUUGGGUCCAGCAUGUAUGCUGCUGCAUGCAACGGCUUCAUGCAGAACUCCCUGCGCUUUUCUAGCAACUUCACAACAGCAGUUUCCUCUGCUUUAAGCAGUAGGGAAGUGGGCAGGACUGUCUGGAUGUCUUCUUUGAGGUCUGCAAAAAGACACUGGACAUCUGAUAAGAUGGCACCAUCACCCUCUAUCUUGGCUAUUGCUGCUGCAAUUGGUUUGAGGAUUCCCAGACUGCUGGACAAUCUUUCCCAAAACACAUCAUCUAACUUGACUUUCUUUAUGUCACUUUCGAUGCCUGCAGUCUGGGAUAUGGCCAUCUCUUGCAGGGACUCCUUUCCAUCCAAAAGACUGUCAUACAUGAUGACAACGCCACCCCAUCGUGUGAUGCUGGGGAGCUUCAGCGUGGUAUUUUUGUUUUUUUCCUUUUGCUUUGACAGAUAAGUUGCUGAAGCUACUUGUUUGCCCUUCACAUACUUGACAACUUGCUUCACUCGCUUGUAUAGAGUGUCCAUUGUCUUUAGUGACAUUAUGUCUUUAAGGAGAAGAUUGAGAGCAUGGGCAGCACAGCCAAUGGUUGUUAUAUGAGGGAAGGUCUCCUCCACGUGUUCCCAGGCAACCUUCAUAUUUGCCGCAUUAUCAGUCACAAGUGCAAAAACCUUCUCUGGUCCAAGAUCAUUGAUGACCACUUUCAGCUGAUCAGCAAUGUAGAUGCUUGUGUGUCUGUUGUCCUUUGUGUCUACACUCUUGAAGAAUUGAUUGAUUGAUUGAUUGAUUGAUUGAUUGUAUAUUUAUUGAUCCCCAGGGGUGGGGAAAUUCAGGCCCCAGCAGUAUUCAUACCACAGAGUGGGUAUACAAAAGACGCACAAAUGGCAUGAGCGCAACUCAACAGGCUCUCAUAAGGCUGCCACACAACGGCGCCACAAAGAAAGCCAGAAAGUGCUCAAGAUAAAAGCCAUCAAAGCAAAACAAAGCUAAAAGACAAAGGAAAAAAAGUAACUGUGGCCAACCAGCACCCCUCAAUACAAGAGAACAUCCCAAAACACACUAAAUAGCCUCCACGGGGUCCAUAGACAGGUGUAGAUACAGGUUUAGGAGUGGUGACAAUGUAGUUGAUGAUACCCUGUCCACGGAUAUUUGACCAUCCAUCUGAGAUGACUGAAAUACAGUCUGCUUUGUCAAUAGUUUCCUUGACUUUUGUCUGCACCCUGCCAAACUCUUCAUCCAGCAAAUGAGUGGAUAGCGCAUGUCUGGUUGGGGGGGUGUAUGCUGGCCGGAGAACAUUCAAAAAUCUCUUCCAGUACACAUUGGCCGUUAGCAUCAGGGGUGAGCCAGUUGCAUAGACUGCACGAGCGAUACACUCAUCUGCACGUCUCUUGCUUUGUUCAUCCAUAUGAUCAAAGAAUCCUCUGAUGCCAGAGGGACCAGGAGCUGAUGAGAGGGUAUCUGACUCUGAUGCGGCUGAUGCCGAUUAAUUUUCAUCUGUAGUGGAACUCCCAUCUGUUGCACGUGUUGAGCCUUGAGGAAAUUUGUUGCACUUUGCAAUAUGCUGCUGCAUUUUUGUGGCAUUUUUUGUGUAUGCCUUUUCACAAUAUUUGCAGAUAUACAAAGACUUUCCUUGCAAAUUAGCUUGUGUGAAAUGUCUCCACACAUCGGAUGGCGCACGUGGCAUUUUUCUCUCUUUGAUGUCCCUGAGCUGUUGAAGUUAUAUUAAAAGUAUUAAAUUGUUUAUAAUUUAAUAUAAAAAAACAACUAAAUGUUAUUGUUCUUAAUUCUUAACCCACAACUCUGAAAAAAUACAACAAUGUGUCUGUGAAGCUACACAUCCCUGGGGAUGUGUCCAACGUAUCCUGGUGGAGAUACAACUCAUAAAAUCCAAAAUAUACAAGAUGUUUUUAAAACUAUUAGUUAUUGUUAUUUACUUAGGUGCAAAUGAUAUCUAGCAACAUCAAAGUUCCACUCCUGUCUGUUAAAGUGAUAUUUACUGUAUAAAUUGUGGUUUAUUUGGUUUUGACCAGUUUUAUUUUUUCCACCAUAAGGCUAAAUAUAGCACUUACAUAUAAAAAUAUCUCUAAAUAUAUUACCAUAUAAUGUCAUCAAAACUUACUUCACUUCAUGCAGUCCACAGGCUCAAAAGUCUGGCUUCAAUUUGUGUGCUCUGGACUCAAAAGUGUGGUCCAGAAUUGUAUAAAUCAUCUGUGCAUGUGAUGGAGGAAUGAACAGCACAUGUAGGGGGCGUGGUCUCAGUGGCCCUGCAGCUAUGUGAGCAUGUGAUAGCAAAGAUAUUCAACUGUGCUGCAUGAUAUCUGGUUGUUUUAGUCAGGAUUAUGCUAAAAUAUUAUUUUACACAACUAUAUUUAAGUUCCCUAAUAAGAACAUACCUUCAGUUUAGUAAAUUCCCGGUUUAUUCCCGUUUAUUCCCGUUUAUUCCCGUUAAUUCCCGUUAAUUCCCGUUAAUUCCCAUGGAAAGUUUCCAAGUUUGAAAAUUCCCGGAAUUUUGCAACCCUAAAUGUCACAAACGUAUACAGACUGAAAUAAUACAUAUUAGAUAUUUGUAAUUGAUCAAUUUUCAGACGAAUGGAUUGAAUCGCCUUUGAUACCAAUAAAGACCCUAUAAAUGCAUUAACAAAAACAAAAAGAGAACAUGAGACCAAAAAUUAUGAGUAAUCACAAUUUCAUCUAAUAGUCUGCUCGACUCAUCUCGGGUAGCCGACAUGUUUCUCACAGGGCCUGUUCUAGGAAUUAUUCACUAGCGAAAUAUCUUAUUUUCUUCACAAUGCCACCCAAAAGCAGAAAGCACCAUUUGACACUGAUUUGUGUCUCAGGUUUUUGUUCUAAAUGAACAAUUUUAAUAUAUUUAUUUCAAUCAAGUAUAGUUCAAGAGUCAUUAUUAUAUUGCAUGACCCAAACCAUAUUGUUCGUAGAGACAUCCUAACGGCCGUCCAGGGAUGGGGCCCGGACUGCACUCCUAUGCACAAGCCCAAAAUAUUUUACAAUAUUUUAUUACAAUGCAUACGGUGCAGCAACACAUGUGAACAGAGCAUCCACCGAUCCCGGGGAGUAGGUGCUCGUACUUCUUCUGUUGGUAUAUUCGAAUGUUGGGGACGGGAACGUCGCUAUGUAGGGUAGCGUCUGUACUCGAGAGGCAUUACCGUGUGCGAAUCAUGUCGUGGGACAUUAGCCGAAUGCACUAAACCACACGGGGCUCACGAACUAAGCACUUGAUGAAGCUUGUACUUCACCUUCUACGUUUGUCAGCUGUACUUUUUUUUAAUAUGUUCAUAUUUUUCUACCAGCAGAGAAAAUUGAGAAAGUGUGAAUGUGGAGACAUUUUUCCCCCCCCCUAAUAGAAGCAUUAGUGACCCUCCAUCGCAACAUUUCGGCAGCAGGUUGUUGGGAAUAAUGAUUGUAUGACAAAAUGGCUGACAGGUACUGUUAUUAUUCAUUGUUUAUUUAGAUUUUUUGUGUGUGCAUAUGAAUUUCAUUACAACUGUAUUGCAAAUCUUAUCUACACUAUCAACCUAAAGGCAUUAUUAUUAUAUGGCAGUAUGCUGUACAUAAGAGUUUUCUGUAAAAGGGAAGCAUGUCCUGUGAAGUUUUUUUUUUAAAAAGAAACAAUUAUAACAAACCACGUGAGCUUUGGAGCUUAACCCAAAAAAAGAAGUUGUAUUAGUGAUAUUCACUCAAAUGAUGUUUGGACUGGAAUUAUCAACAAACAUUGAGAACAUUGGGCAAUAUGAAAUGACGGUAAAUACAAUUUGUGAUAUAUUUGUGUUUGUCUCGACUUAACGCCACACAUUUUCCUUCGUGUAUACGUUGUCAUUUUCAUAGGAAAAAAUAAUGACUUACAGUACUAUUCAAGUCAUGCUAACACAUUAUGGAGCUGUGCUACUCUUUAGCAUAGUAUGCUCAUCUUAUCAGACUGUUUAUGAGAAUAAAGUUGGCAAACUGAUUUCAUUUGAAA